UUUCCCGUGCAUCAGUUUGGUCUUGAAAAUAUAUUACAUACAAUAAUAUACCUUUUAAAAAUAGGCUACAUAAUAAUAUAGAUUAUUUAUUAUGCAUGGCUGGUGGCAAAACAGGUGCUAUGUUUUAAUAUUUUUUGUCGCAUAAUUUCUUUCUUUCACUUUCACAUUUCCCCCCAGUUCUAGCUGACAUCACACGAUUUUUUCAGCUCUGUUAUCUUGGGAGAGAUAAUCUCGGUGGAAAUAUCUCACACGCACAGUAAUGCACCUGUUACAUAGUUCGUGUUAUGAAGCAUCAUAGCCUAUUCGGUUUUGAUUGACAGUAUUUAAACUAGUAGCUGUGUACAGUAAAAGACAGAAAAAACAUGCUGCAGUCUAGCCCUAAUAGUGAUUAAUUCAAUAUGAAUGGAUUCCCAUGUCUUCUGUUGGUAAGGGAAGGACAGAGUCAGGUGUGUCCAAGCACUGGCUUUGUCUUUGUUAUGCUGGCAUUGUCUGCAUAGUUUCUGUACUAGAUGACGGCACACACACGGAAUGAGGCAUGAAAGCUUGUCACUGUACUUCACACACAUCAACAGAGAGAGAGACAGAAUACGAUUUCCUGCAGAGGACAGCUUAGCUCUCUGUGGUUUGCUCUUUUAGUUUUUAGCCUACUAAACUAUGUUGAGAAAAGACUUGCUUUGUUUCUACGUUUCCUGGAACGUGUUGUUUUGUUCUUUAUUAUGAGUUCGUGUUAGCUAAACAUUUUUUUAUUAGUCUAUAUGACUGCAUAGAAGGUUUUUACAUUGAAUAUUAAAUUCUGGAGCUCCAAAAUGAAAUUCAACGGAUAUAUGAGGCUUCGUAUCAGGGAGGCGGUGGAUUUAAAACCAACAACUUUUUCAACUCGUCACACUUUUCAUAAGAAAACCGUCCUGGAUCCUUAUAUCGUUGUUAAAGUUGAUAAUCUGAAAGUUGGACAGACCGCCACAAAAACGAAGACCAACAAACCGACCUUCAAUGAUGAAUUCUGUCCAUACAUCACAAAUGCCAAAGAGCUGGAACUGGCUGUUUUCCAUAACACUCCUAUAGGAUACGACGAUUUUGUCGCCAAUUACACAAUCCAGCUUGAGGAGUUGAUAACGUCGUCAAACACAAGACAAACGUUUGAAGGAUGGGUGAAACUGGAACCCGAGGGGAGUGUGUAUAUCACCAUCACUCUCACCGGCUCCUUUACAGAUGAAGAAGCUGUGAAUGGACUGAGACCUCAUAAAAAGUUUACAAGAAAAAGGCAAAAAGCUUUGAAGAAAAGAAAGGUCCACCAAGUAUAUGGACAUAAGUUUAUGGCAACCUUCCUUCCCCAGCCUACUUUUUGCUGCCAUUGCAAAAACUUCAUCUGGGGUGUUAUUGGAAAGCAAGGUUAUCAGUGUCAAGUGUGUGCGUGUGUGGUUCACAAGAGGUGUCAUGAUUUGGUUGUUAGUGAAUGUACACGUAUGAAGAAAGAUUCAAAUGAGGGCCAAAGACAGGGCUUUAGCAUCAAUCUACCACACCAGUUUAGAGAGCACAACUAUAAAGUUCCCACAUACUGUAACCACUGCGGAUCGUUACUUUACGGCCUGACUAAACAAGGACUCCAUUGCUCUUGUUGCAAGAUGAACAUCCACAAACGCUGUGAACAGAAUGUUGCACUUAACUGUGGGGUGAACAGUGCUGAACUUGCUAGCAAAUUGUCAGAGAUUGGAUUGCUCGAUACACUUCCUAAAAGAAAGUCUAAGAGUUCUCUGCACAUGACAGGAGUAAAGCAUCAGAACUCCAUUAUAACCGUACAGCAAACGGUUAAAGAGUCAGAGGAAGAUACUGUUAAAGUUGGCCUGGAAGACUUCAGUUUCUUGCAGGUUUUGGGGAAAGGCAGCUUUGGCAAGGUGAUGUUGGCUCGUCUAAAAAGUGACCACAGGGUGUUUGCUGUAAAAAUGCUGAAGAAGGAUGUCAUACUGCAAGAAGAUGAUGUAGAAGCAACCAUGAUUGAGAAGAGAGUGCUGACUCUGGCUCACCAGCAUCCAUUUCUUACACAGCUCUACUACUGCUUUCAGACCGCGGAGCGGUUAUUCUUUGUCAUGGAGUUUGUGAAUGGUGGUGACCUCAUGUUCCACAUCCAGAAGUGCAGGCGUUUUGACGAGCCACGAGCACGGUUUUAUGCUGCCGAGAUCAUUUCAGCUCUUAUGUUCCUUCACUCCAAAGGCAUCAUUUACAGGGACCUCAAACUGGACAACAUUCUCCUAGACAGAGAUGGCCACUGUAAACUGGCAGAUUUUGGCAUGUGCAAAGAGGAUAUACGUGAAGGCAAACUCACUAAUACCUUCUGUGGGACUCCCGAUUAUAUUGCGCCUGAGAUCAUCCUGGAGGAGCCGUAUGGUGUAUCAGUCGACUGGUGGGCUCUGGGGGUGCUGCUUUACGAGAUGCUGUCAGGUCAUGCUCCAUUUGAAGCAGAGACUGAGGACGAGCUGUUUGAGUGCAUUCUCAAAGAUGAGAUCAUUUAUUCAUCUUGGCUCAGCAACGAGGCAGAGGACAUACUUAGAGGAUUACUCAGCAGAGACCCAGCGUGUCGGCUGGGCUGCAUGGAUAGAGAUGGAGGAGAAGAGGCCAUCACCUCACACCCGUUCUUCGCAGGACUGGACUGGGAGAAGCUGAACAGACGAGAGAUCACACCACCUUUCACUCCUCGAAUAGAUUCUAUUGAGGAUGUGAAAAAUUUUGACCCUGACUUCACUCAAGAGGAACCCUGUCUUACACCCAUCGAGGACAGUUUCUUUCCGGUCCACCAGGACGAUUUUAAAGACUUCACCUACACAGCUCCAGAGCUGCGACGGCACUAACAUCAGCUGUGAUUUAUUUAUGUUACAUACAUAGAUUAUAUGUUACUUUCCCUAAUGAACUCCUUCUAGUGAACUAGCGAUCUUUUUGCCAAGUCUGUCAAGAACAUGGACAAGAUUCAGACUCGAAGAAAGCAAUACAAUAUACUCCACAGGACCACCCAGACUAAAGGAUUAUUUGUAAAGACCAUGACAGGAAGACAAUAACAAUCUCCUGAACUGAUGCGUUUUGAAAUGUUUUUAUCUGCAUAAAUGUAUACAAAGCCUGUCACAUUUUUUACAAGCAUAUGUUGGCAAGUGCUUUGUCUUCCAGCUUUAGUAAGCAUGGAAACAAAUUGAUGUAACUUUCAUUGAGCUGUUAUUACAGUGUAAUGAGUUGUUAAGUUAUGUGAUGUGUUGUGUUGUAAAGUAAUUCUAACUAAAGUCUAAAUUAUGAACUUGGAGAAUCCUUUUGAAACAGGCUAUAAGAGACAAUUUCGGUUUUCCUAAAUCACAUGUGACAACACACAUCACCUGUCCAGUUCAUUGAAUAAUGCAUAUGGGGACUUGUGGCGUGAGAUAGAAUCAUAAAACUUUCAUGAGAAAAACAAAAAAACAUAUCCUUUACACCUCAAAGGACAAACAGAGCUGCGGUCAUGUCACAUUUCUCUGUAGAUGUGGAAAUCCUCCAUGAAUAAUUUAUUACCCUUGAUUCAUUUGUUGUUCACACGAACUUACCCAGUAUUUGAAGCAGGCUUUAUACACUGAUAGUACUCCAUCAACUACUGCUGCACACUGUUAAUGGGGUUAAGGCGCUUUUAUGAGCAUAAAAUAUUAAACUUGAGGUCUUAGCCAGCUCACGUCUUAAGCUUAAUCAGUUGGAAUAAAAAACAUUCUUUUUUAUUUUCUAUUGAUUUGUUUUGUGCUUGAAUUACAUGUCUGGAAAUUUGGUUGUAGUGCUUAUUGUUUUCUAUUCAAGCAUUCUCUUGUUUUAAAAGUGGCAUUACCCAAUAAGGGUUUUUUACACACUUGCCCCAAACCAGUUGUAACUAGAAACUCGGUUGGCAUUUUUCUGGCAGACAAUUAGCAGUGAUAGAGAGAUAAAUAACGACAAAGCUGAUUUAGAGAUGAUGAAGAAUGAUCUGCUUAUUUAUUAUCAAGUAAUUGAUUUUUGGUAUUAGUAAAAAAUACUUACACCUGAUUUAGGGACUAUUGUGGGUUUAAUACACGUUAGAAUCAAUAGACAGAAUUUGAGGCAUAAUACCAGGAAUAAAAUGCUUUCUAUUCAUUUUCUUAAAACCGAAAGAAAAAAUUAUUGGAGGCACUUAAAAUAUCAUUUACUCAUAUUCUAUAAAAACAUGUUAAUUCCUCUUUUAAAACUGAGCAGAAAAGCUGUUCUAUUAAAUUGUAUGAUAAUUGUAAGUUGUAAAAUUGAACUAAAAACAACUUCACAUAGAAAAGAUGAUUUCUGAAGACUAAAAUCAUGUUAACGUGCAUAUUUACUUCUUGCGGCUAAACUUGUGACAUAUUGAUAUUUUCACAUUUACAGAUUGGCCGCUUUUACUUGUAGUUUCUCACCAUUACAGAAUAUUUUGAUAUUGUUUCCAGAAGAAGUUGAUAAAAUGAUGAAAUACUCUCCCUUCUGAAUUCUCAGUGAUGUUGUGUUCUCAGGUGCUCUGGUGAUUUUCCCAGUUAGGUUUGUGGUGUUAAACUGCCAAAAACCAGCCAUGUCUGGUUGUGAGGUGUCUUCAUGACUCAAACCAUUCAUUGAGUCAGCACUGCUGAGAAGUUCAUUGGGUUCCUUCAAAAAUGUGCCAAAGGUGCUGCAUUUAUUUUAGCGGUUCAAAUUCAAAAAUAAUGGUCUUGGCAAGCAAAGUAAGCACUUACUGGAAUUGAUGUGUUUCUGAGUCUCUUCUAAUUAUAUUCAGGUGCUUUUCUGUA